GAGCAUGAAAGGAGGUGGAGGUGCGAGCUGGUAUAAAAGGAUCGCGUUGCGGCGCCUCGUCUGUUUCAACACUCUCACCGGGAUCGUUCGGUGGAUCGCUCGGUGAAGAAAACGGAACUUACAUACGUGUGUCAUCGAUCGUCUCUCCGAGAAGAUAAGGAGUUUAAGAGAGAACGAAAAAAAAAGAGACAGACAGAUAGAAAGAGAAGAGAGAGAGCCAUGAGACUAGCGGCAGUGCUGACGUUACUGUGCUGUCUGGCAAUAGAGGUACUCGCCUCGCCAGUGCCCAAGAUCGCCGAUAGUGAAACAUUAACUCACAACGCCCUGGAAACCGGCAGACAGGCAUCCGCGCCGGCAGUUCCUGUUGCCAGUUCCGACGACGACGACGACGACGACGACGACGAUGACGACGACGUCGACUUGGAUAUCACCGGUGACGACGACGAUGACGACGACGACGACGAGGAGGAUGACGACGACGACGACGACGACGAGGGUGAUUACUUGGAGCGUUUCAUCGAAGAUAUACUCGGAGGAGAAGAUGACGACGAUGAUGACGAGGAAGACACCGCUCCGGCCGCCGUCGCCACACCGGUACCUGUCGCACCUGUCGCGCCCGCAACACCUCCGCCGGUCUCCAUCGCUUCGCAGCAGUUACCGCUAGCCGUGGUGGCCGAUCUGAACCAAGCCGCCGCCGAGGCGGCCGCGGAGGAAGCUGCAGCUGCGGCUGAGGUGACCUCCGACAACGACGCCGAGAGCUACGAGGACGAGGACACGAGCGACGUUGUCUCUAACGAAGGCCAGGCCGCGUCCAAUGUGCACGAGUCGACGCUUGAAGGUGCCGAGUCCGUCUCGAAUCCGGUGGCAGUCAACGCCGUCGGGACGCCAGUGUCGCCCGGCGGCGUCGCGGCUGCUGCACCGGCCACGACAACUGAUGACGAUGACGACGACGACGACGACGACGACGAUGACGACGACGACGACUUAGACGUAGACAUCACGGAAGAGGACGAUGACGAUGACGAUGACGACGAGGAGGACGACGACGACGAUGACGAGGACGACGAGGUGGAUGACAUCGCCAGCAUCGCCGGCGCUAGACACGCACGUGGCAUGGAAUCCGAACCGAGCGUUCACGUGCCGGCGAUUUACGUGGCGAAGUACAAUCGCUUCGUCGACAACAUUCUCGGCAAGAUCAACAACAUACUGCGCACCAAUUACGAGCCGGUUACCGUGAAAUUGACGAAUCCGACGCCGGGCACCAAAGCGAACAAGAACAAAAACAAAAACAAAAACAAGACAAAAAAGAAGAACAAUAAGAACGGCACCAAGAAGAGCGCUUCGAAACCGAUCGACACCGCAACCGCCGUCACUGAGAGAAACGACAAUGAGAACGCGGUCGAGAAAGUAACCAUAGAGUCUGUCGCGACGCAAACGGCCGCAACGGAGAAGGAAUCGAUCUCACCGGUCACGAUUUCCACGGAAGCCAGCGUUAGAUCCAGCAACAAACACACGUCCGGCAACAAGGGUUCCAACAAGAAUCGCAAGCGAACGAAAAACAAAACGAAGAACCAAACCGGAAACAACCAAAACAAGAACAAAACGAAGUCCAAGAACAAACCGAAAGCAAGAGCCACGCUGUACGGAUUGGCGUCGCUACAGAGAACCGGCGACGUGUCGGUGAACAUGAUGAGCGAUCACACGACGAUCAAGACCAAGUUCAGUCUGGGACCGCUGGUGCUGAAGGUCGAGAAGGAGUUCGGCCGGGCCGCGAAGAAAGAGCUGAGGAGCGCGACCGCCACCACGGCCGAAAUGUCCGGCAAGCUGAGCCUGCGUGUCCUGCACGGCGGCGCGGCGACGUUGCACUCUAUUCGAGUCUUGCAACCCAAACAGGUCCGGGUGGAAAGUCAGGACGAUCACGACAGAACGCGGGAGUUCGUGUGGAAGAGAUCGUCCCAUAUCGCGCAUUUGGUGUCGCAGAAACUUUCUUCGGCCACCAGGUCAAUGCUUCGGCCGUCGCCUGUUGCGCCUCGUACUUAAAAUUUAUUAACUUAUAAUACUCUUGCCGAGACUCUUGGUCCAAUUGAAAUCGUCGGCAAAUCAAGUGUACGCGCACCGCUGUCCGAUUGUUGGAUUACGACACGCCGUUUUGUCAUCAUCAAAUUGCGAGAGACGACUCGACACGAUUUUGACGAGCGCGCUGUGUCUGUGUCUGGUUUUCACGGGACGCAUCGAUCGCUUCUUUUCUCCUUCGAGACAACGAGCGAAGGAGGAGCCGAAUGCACUCGCGGGAGAAAGUGUCGAAGAAACGUGCCACACACUGUGUGUGUCUUCGAACAUCGACUGUAUUGUUCUUCAAAAAUUUUGUCAGAGAAAACAUUCCAAUUCAAAGUUUAAAUAUGUAAAAAGAUCACGUGGACUGACAAAUCGAGAAUAAUUUCUCUUGUCAUUUGCGUUAAAAAAAAAAUAAUAACAAUAAAAUAAAAUAAACAGAUUUCAAAGUGCUAAAGAGAGAGAAUCGAUUAUAUAAGAAUCGCGAUUAUUUAAGAAUAACGCGAUAAAAGAGAGACGCUAUAUACGGGUAUCAUGGAUUUCACAUUGGACCAAUCUUGAGUGGUAUUAUCGUACUUGUGUUUACUAAUUAAUUAUAAUUAUUUAUUUAUUUAUUUAUUUGUCACAUAGUUCGUAAUUCAUCUUUGGAAAGUCUGAGAUAUAUAUAUAUAUAUAUGUGUAUGUUCUAAGAGAACUAAUGGUUUAUAUAAAUCGUAUAGCAAACACAAGCCGUGAGUUAAGUUGUUUCUAUUUUAGAUAUUGUAUGUAAAACAAGAAUCUCUAUUAUAAAGGUCAAAAAUAUAGCAAUUAUACAA